UGAAACUCAUUAACAUCAUUACAAUUUUUUAAAAUUUAUGAAAGUUUUGUAAACAUCAAAGAACAUCUCCUCUAUAUAUUCUAUAUAUUAUAUUUAUAUCUUUUGCGUUUUAUUAAUAUACUUUUUUAUUAAUAUUAAUGAAAUAUAUUUUUUUGCAAUGUAAUGUCUUAUUAUUUAUUUGAAAUUUGUCCACUUCCCGCGCAAAUAUGUGAACUUCCGAUUCCGGUUAGGCGGAACCAAUCAGAAAGUGUGCCUCACUUGUCUCAUCUCUCCUUCUAGGAUCUCUACUAUUAUCCAAGAAGAAGUAGCAAAAAGUUGCAGUCUAUGAUUGAAAACCUAACAGAACCACAUCAGUCUUGGAUUACAUAUCCUGUGACUAUUUUGCAAGGAGCAGAUGAUUUUGAGCAGGGUAAGAGGCGAUUAAAUCGAGCAUUUAUAUAUGCCAACGUAGUCAGCACUGCUGCUGAGGAAACUAACGAUGCAUCUACUAGCGACGAUGAUGAAACUGAACGAGAAGGCUCGGAAACUGACUCAAACGAAGACUACAACUCUGACGAAUCGAAGAUGUCAGAGUCAUCUGAAGACUUAGAAAAAAGGCACACCCGAGACCAAAAUGAUAAUAAUAAGAACUUAGAAGAAUCACGUAAACGAAAAAAUAAAUUCGACAAACCAAAUAAUAAAUCACCAGCUGCAAAGAAGCAAAAACUUGGGGAACAGACUUCAAAUCAUUUUGGAAACUCUAGUAGAUCAUCACGAACAAAUAUCGGUUUCGACUUACUUUUAGAGGAAAUGCAAUCUUUAAAAAAAGAAAUCCAAAAAGAGGGCAAAAAAAUAAGAAGUAGCAUGAACUACGAUUUGACUAGAAAGUUUGGGUCCUUAGCAAAAGAUCUUGCUAACAAUGGCGUAGAGACGAGCAUAAAUCAUAUGGAGGAUGCGAAAAAAGUCUUUGGCACAAUUUUCGGAUGAGGAAACGUUUGUUUUAUUUGAUACCACCGUAAAAGAAGAUACUGCAAAAUCGGCUGCUUUAAAAACAGUGAUGAAGACUUUAAUCAGAGGAGCAAGGUCUUGCAAUGAAGCAAUCCGAAGUUCCUUGCCAUUUUUUAUAACUAAAUCGGUCCAGUUGGAGUACACAGGGAGCGGUAGGACAACCAAAAAUGGAGGGA